AUGGAUAAGUCCAGCUCUGCGACUCAGCCAGGGCCUGCGCGAAGUGACCAGAAUGCCCCUGAUUCCCAGGCGCGGCCCCGAUCUCCCGGCCGACACGAUGACGGCCUGGAUCAUGUUUCAACCACCGCCAAUGCAGGCUCAUUCACCGCUGGAGAGCCAGUCCGGGGCCGAGUUGCUCACGCAGCCAUCCCAGCCGAGGAGCCGCAUCUCGAUGUUGGCCAAUACGUUAGAGACCAACGUAGGGGUGACCACGGCCCGUGGUCGGCUGUCAACCCUGCAGGCACUCAGAGGCCUCAUGUCGCACUUCAGAUCCAGAACUUCGUACGAGACUUUUCUGGCUCGAGGGAUACUGGGAAUCCAGGGAAGCCCGGGCAGUAA